AUGGCCUCGACGGAACAUCUUUUGAGUCUUCUAAAUCAAACAUCCUUCAGCAGAGCCGACUGUGAGUUGGGGCUUCGAGGCAAGGCACUGCCAGCGCAUUUGGGUAAUAGCACUGUGCGACUGAGUGUAGUGAGCGGCAUUCGUCAGCAUGUUGCUUUCGCCACGUCCGAUAUAGUCUCAGAUCUCUGUCGCAUUCCAGGACAAGAGGUAUUUAUGCGAGCUCGCAAUGCCCGCUUGAUUAUGAGCGACUACGUGCCUAGCCUUGAGCAGAUGCCUAACAAGGACUCCUACCCAUACUGCAUCUGGUAUCCUGAUGUUGCUAGUGAAGACACAUACCGAAGAGUUGCUGCGGCGUUCCCAGACAUGCGAUACCAAGUUGGCCGAGCCUGCGCAGUCGCGGGGUAUGCCAAACUCUAUUGUGAGCUUGAUCUGCUCCCCGAUCCAUGCAUCGCAGAGGAGGCGCGAGAGGCGGCCAACGAGGGUUCCCGCAAUAUCUUUGAGCACAUCAUGGCCAUGCCUACGCGCUAUGGGGUCAUGAAUGACUAUAACCUGACGAUUGAGCUCAAGAGCCCUAAACCCGGCGCCUGCUUGAAUGCCGACACGGCAGUGCUCGCCACUCUUAGGACACGUCGGAAAAUCGCCGACGGCCUUGGCAUUCGACCAUGGAGAUACUUUAACAUUACCGAAGAUUGGGGUGUUGGCGAGGAGCACAUAAAACCGGACAAGGUUAAGCUCAGCGACGCUGAAGUUGCUCUGCUUGAGUCUCCAUUGCCAUUUGAUCUUCCAACUAUGCAUAAAGAUCUGCUUAUCCUAGUAGCUGCCUAUGAGGGUAAUGUCGACCGAUAUGCCCGUCUCCGUCGCCCUGGUCGCGCCGUGGAAUACGAGUUCCACUGCUUGGUGCCUGGAGUCUAUCGAAGCACCUCCAUGGCGCUCUGGCUUAGCCGAAACCCGGACAUUAUGCAUGCAAUUGCGGGUAGUUGGGAUGAUGAGGAGGAGCCGGCUCUAAGGAGAGCCAUCAACGCCCGGCAUGUUAUGAACAAUGACACGCAUCGUCUCCUGGAUGCUAAGCCGCCCGUGCCUGAUGAUGAGCUGCCGUACUGGAUCUGGUACCCGAAUAUGCCGUCAAGUGCGACACUGUACGCACUGGCUAAGGCUCGACCAGCUAUGCGACCACAGUGCGUACGUGCCAGCAUUGCCGCCGGCAAUCGUAAGUUGUAUAGUUGGCUUAUGGAUAUGGACGACGAGGCACCUAGCGACAACGUUGACCACACUUCUCCGGUAGUGGAUGUCUGUGUUAUUAAGGAGGCAGAAGCUAGCCCGGAGCGUGACUUUUUCGUGGCUGAUCUAAAGAGGCGGCAGCGAGAGCGCGGGCUUGUGCCAUUUAAACGCUGUUAUGAUGAAUGGAAAAAAGAGAUCCCUUGGAAAAUGGGAGACAUUGGUUCCAACUUGAUAAUGGCUUCUCUGCCUGAUGACGGCUCGUGCAUCGUGCAUGCCGAUCAAGAUUGGGGUAUAUGGGAAAGCCUUGGGGCAGAGUUAGGCCGGGUACGUCUGCAUCUCAGCACUCCUCUGGAAGAGAGGCAGAGGAAUAGCUAUAAAGCGGUUGUGCGGCUGCUGCUCGACAACAGCGUUAGCAUUGAGGCGAAGGACAGCCAGUAUGGGCAGACACUACUGUUGUGGGCCUCAAGGAACGGGCACGAGGCCGCCGUGCGGCUGCUACUCGAGAAGGGUGCUAACUGUAACGCGAAAAACGAAGAUGGGCGGACGCCGCUAUGGUGGGCUGCCCGAGACGGGCACGAGGCCAUCGUGCGACUUCUGCUCGAGAAUGGUGCCGACGCCGACGCUAAGGACGAAGAUGGUCGGACGUCGGUCUGGUGGGCUGCCCCGAACCGCCACGGGACCAUCGUCAGGCUGCUACAUAUGAAAUCUCGGUAA